AUGCUUUUUGUAUGUGGUGUUUGAUGUUUUCAACUUUCUAUUUUUCUGUUAAUUUUAUUAUUUUUAUUUAAACUAAUUGUAGUAAAAAUUAAUAAACACGAUUGCCGAUACAAACGUUUGCAUCCAGAUGUUAUUAUUUAGAAUAUUUCUAAUAAGACCUUAGAAUGCAUAAAAUAUCAGAAUUUCAAACUGUAGUUUUGGCAGCUGGAAGAGGAUCACGCUUGCCAGAUGUAGGCGGAGUUGUCUGCAAGUGUCUUCUACCAGUAGGGCCCUAUCCUGUACUGUGGUAUUCAUUAAACCUACUUGAACGGGUAGGUUUCCAAGAAACUAUGAUAUUGGUACUUGAUGAAGACAAAUCCAGCAUUUUAAGUGCUUUAGAAAAAUGUCCUUUAAAAAUUAAGUAUGAGCUUAUUGCCAUCCCUGCGGAAGAAGACUGGGGUACUGCUAACUCCCUUAUGCAUAUUAGCAGUAGAAUAACUACAGAUCUAAUUAUUAUUUCUGGGGAUAUAAUAACAAAUAUUGACUUAAAUGAAGUACUUAAUCUAUAUCGAAAACAUGAUGCUGCAUUGGCCACUUUAUUCUUCAAUAAUGGACCGGAAGAAUGGAUUGAGCUUCCAGGUCUCAAGACCAAAGUGAAACCAGAUAGAGACCUUGUAUGCAUUGAUGAAGAAACAGGAAGGCUUGUGUUUACAGCCAGUGCAAGUGAUUUUGAGGAAAAUGUAACAAUACCCAGAUUAAUUGUUAAGAAAUUUAGAUCAAUAAACAUGUACAGUAGGCUUCUAGAUGCUCAUGUUUAUGUUAUGAAGAACUGGAUCAUUAACUAUAUGGUAGAUAUGAAUAAAUUCACAUCUAUAAAAGGAGAACUGGUUCCACACAUUGUUAAAAAGCAAUUGUCGAGGCCAAAAAACUUUGUUGAGAAAAAAGGAACAUCAGAGAAGAAUGUAGAAAUUGACAAGGAUAUCUUUGAUUAUGCUCAUGUUAGUGGUUAUGAGAGCAAGAUACGCCAAAUGUCUUCUUAUAACGACCACAGACUUGGUCAUAAAGGUGCAUAUUAUGGUGAUUCACUUUUAUGUUACGCUCAUAUUCCGGAUAAAAAUACUUUUGGAAUGAGAGUAAAUACAUUAUCAGCUUUCUAUUUAGCCAAUAGCAAGAUACUGUCAAAGUGGGAAGAAGUCACCAGGAUGCCUCUUACUGAAAGAUUACAUCCGAAUAGUCAAGUUAGCACAAAGCAAAUAGAUGAUGGUAGUACUGUGGGGGACAAAAGCAUUGUCAGUGAAAGGACAUCUAUAAAAAGCUCAUUUAUUGGAUCUAACUGUAUUAUAGAAAACAAAGUUAGAAUUACCAACUCUAUUUUAAUGAAUAAUGUCACAAUUAAAGAAGGUUGUGUUCUCCAAGAUUGUGUAGUAUACACAGGAGCUACAAUAGAACCAGGAUGCUCUUUACAAUACUGUCUUGUUGGUCCCCACCAUGUGGUCACUUCUAAGACAUCUGGAAAUCAUCAACUGCUCGCAGAAACAACAGAUAAUAUGAUUACUCUUGGAUAGGAUUGUAAAUAAAGAUUAUAAUUAAA